UGGGCUUUCGCGUUCCGAGCAAACUCGCCGCUCGCUGCGCUUUUAUGCCGUUGCUCGGCCCACGGAGGCGCGAGGAGCCCCCCACUCCGCGGCAUGAUCUCCGCGAUUUCCAGCCCGUGGCUCACGCAGCUCUCGCACUUCUGCGACGUGGCCGCCUGUCCCGCACCGGGAGGAGGGUACCGUUACGCCGGGGCUCCGGGGGACUCGUACGGGCGACCCGACUCCCACCUGGAGCCCGGCUUCGGCUACACGGAGCACGGCCAGACCCGAGGCGCGCAGGCCCGAGGCGGGGGCGCGAGAUGCGCGUCGCCGUCGGCCUCCGCUCCCAGUGGGAACGCGCCGGCUAAGAAGAACCCCAAAGUGGCGAACAUCACCGCGCAUCUGGAGAUGAAGGCGCUGUGGGACGAAUUUAACCAGCUGGGAACGGAGAUGAUCGUUACUAAAGCUGGGAGGCGAAUGUUCCCCGCCUUUCAGGUGAAACUUUUCGGACUGGACCCCGAGGCCCAUUAUAUGCUCCUCAUGGAUUUUGUACCGCUCGACGACAAGCGCUACAGGUACGCCUUCCACAGCUCCUCGUGGCUCGUGGCCGGUAAGGCGGACUCCGCCACCCCCGGGCGCGUGCACUACCACCCCGAUUCCCCCGCCAAGGGCGCGCAGUGGAUGAAACAGAUCGUGUCGUUCGACAAGCUGAAACUCACCAACAACCUGCUGGACGAGAACGGCCACAUCAUCCUCAACUCGAUGCACAGAUACCAGCCACGGUUCCAUGUCGUCUACGUGGACCCGAGGAAGGACAGCGAGAAGUACGCCGAGGAGAACUACAAGACGUUCGUUUUUGACGAGACCCGCUUCACUGCGGUCACGGCCUAUCAGAACCACAGGAUCACACAGCUGAAAAUUGCCAGCAAUCCCUUCGCUAAGGGGUUCAGAGACUGUGAUCCUGACAUUUGGCCCCGAAGCCACAGGCCAUGCACUCUGCCAGUUACAGGAACUUUAGUGACUACCAGAAGCUCGCUGUCAUCGGUGCCACUGCACAACGUCCCGGAGAAGAGAGAGGAUGGCCAGCAAGAUUAUGACAGGGAGCAGCUGCACAACAACGCUGCCCACUCCGAUGGAGCCCACAGACUGAUGAUGCGUGUCCUCAAUAGCACCCUUCCAGCCCCAAGUGGACUCCACACCAUGCCUGCCUGCCCCAACCACUCGCAUGACCCCUGUUUGGAGGGGCACCCUCAACAUCCAGAAGCUCUCCAUCAUCACCCGUACAAGUACCCCAGCACCUACCAUCACUACCUGGGGACCAAAUCCCGGGCCGCUCCUUAUCCCUUGUCCAACAGAGGGCAUAGGUAUCCCCACCACAUGGGUUCUACUGCAGCCAGCUUGUACUCCACAUCCAGUGACCCAUCAGCUUUUGAAUACAGUCCCAGUUAACGGUACUUAUCAAAACAAUAUCGGUCAUUUAGGACAGUUUAAACCAGUAGUCCUGCUGUUCUCAAAAUGAGGGAAAUGCAUCAUGGGAUCUCAUGAAAGAAGCUGGUGGGAAAAGUUGGAAAAAUGCAGAUCCCCACCAACACAUAUAAUUUGACACCUCGGAGCAGAAUUUCUUUGUGCGCAGAUUUACCUCAUCUAUAAGUACUGCCAAAUAUUUAGCACUUUCUGGAAGUGAGGAGCUUGGCAAGAGACCCCUGAGCGAAGAGGGGUCCCAUUGUGAGGGCCAGAGCAGUCAGAUGGUUUCGAGAAAGAGAAGGAGGUUUUCUGCACUCCGCUGGAUUUCUGGAGAGACUCAAGAAGGCCACCAACCGCAAUAUAUUUUUCAUAAGAUUAAAGGGGAGAAAUAAGAACCAGACGAUACUGUUGAAUUAAUAUGGAAAUUCCUCUCUCCAGGCAUCGUGACCACCGCGCUGCUCGGUUCGGAAACGGCAUCUUCAAAUUCCUAUGGACUUCACAGCAAAGCAGUUUUACUGGAACACUGAUUUACCCCCCUGGGUACCGGAGACCUCACACUGCUCUGUGGGGUGUACCUCACCGCACUGUACUGCACUGUAAAUAUCAGUGAGAACUAAAAGAGACUCGUCUGUAAUAUCCAAGUACGCAGCAUUCAGCGUUCUGCUUGUGGGUCUAUUAAAUUAUUGUUCAUAUGCUGCUGGUGUACUGGACGCAAGAAACUGGCAAUACCCCCAUAUGUACACACAGCAGACUGAGAACAAUAAUUUAAUAGACCCACAACCCCUUUAAAUCAGUGUUUGUGCCAAAUCGUACCAAGCUGUUACAGAAUAUGUAUUUAUUGUUGCUUUUGUGGAAUUAAGAUAUUUUGGAAUAUGCAAACACUAGCAUAUAUAGAAUUUUGUAGGCACGUACAAAUUAUUGCUGUUACUGUUUGAAGUUUAAGCUGAGCGUUUGAACAGGACUUUGAUGAAUGCUUUGAAAACCGCAGAUCACAUUUUAGUGAUGAAUAUGGACUUAGAUCCACAGUCAGUUUCGUGUCCAAACGCUGAGAGGAAACAGAAACACACGCCACAGAAACCUCUGUCAUAGCAAACACUGAUGCUGUUUAAUGAAGACCAUCUGAGAAACGGCUAUUGUCUCUCUACCUGCGCAUUCAACAGGGAAUCCAUUGCAUUUUACUUAAUCAGAAUUUAUCAUGGUGGUUCAGGACCCAAACUUGUAACCUCACGAUUACCAGCUCAAGUCGGAGAAGGUUUUAAUGUCCUGGGGAAGUCGACUUAAAGAGAAUA